AUGCACCCUGUGUCGAAGCGUUAUUCACAGGAAUUAUCUACAGGAACUGGAUCCAUCAGUCUCUUGUUCCAUGCAUUUCCGUACGGGAAUGAAACGCAACCGUUCAUAAUAUUCACCCUCAUAUUCUUUUUCCUCAACCUGACGCUCUUCAUUCUGUUCUGUGCUAUCACCACUGCACGUUAUAUCAUGUUCCCCGAUAUCUGGGGACUCAUGAUUCGACAUCCCGCUCAAAGCCUAUUCACUGGGACUUUUCCAAUGGGUGCUUGUACGCUGCUGAACAUUGCUGUUAGCCUUAUCAGCGAAAAGUAUAGAUUGGGAGGAAAGUCAUUUCUAUACGCUAUGUGGGGUCUAUGGUGGCUAGAUGUAGCUAUUUCAAUCCUUUGCUGUUGGGGCAUGGUUCAUAUCAUGGAAACAUCUCAAAAACAUUCGCUCCAAAGCAUGACUGCUGUUUGGCUCCUUCCGGUUGUGACGUUGAUUGUCGCGUCUAGCACUGGUGGGGUGCUUUCCUCAGUUCUGCAAGAAUACGAUCCGGGAUACGCUCUUUUCACUCAAGUCGCUUCAGUAUUCCUGGUCUCCAUCGGUCUUUCCCUGGCCCUGAUGCUACUCACCAUAUACAUUCAGCGUCUGAUCAUUAUCGGAGUUCCCCAGGGAGUCAAUGUCCUUUCUGUAUUCCUUCCGCUAGGUCCCACUGGUCAGGCAGGCUAUUCUAUUCUUCUCGCAGGGCAAUUUUUCAAAGAAGCCCUCCCGCUGCAACACGGGGGCUCUGCUUUAAUGAAUGAUGCGUCGACCGGGAAUAUUCUCUGUGUAAUCUGCGUAUGCGCAUCUUUUGUUCUAUGGGCUUUAGCUUCUAUGUGGAUGGUUUUUGCGUUGCUUGCUGUUUGUGACGAGCUUCGGAAGACUCGUAUCCCAUUCAAAGUUAAUUCGUGGGGCUUGAUCUUCCCUAACGGUGUCUACGCCAAUUUGACCAUCGCACUUGGCAGCACAUUCGAUUCGCCCUUCUUUCGCAUAUGGGGCGCUAUAUAUGCUGUAUUCACCCUAUUACUAUGGUCCUUUGUCGCCAUCAACACAGUUCAAGUGGUGUACAAUAGGUCCAUCUUCGAGGCGCCUUGUUUACAGGAACUAAACCUAACGGAGGGUAGUACUGACCGAAAAGAAUGUUCAUCGCCGCAUGGUGUGCCCACCUCAAUCUUUCAAUGA